AUGUCGUCUUCGGGGGCCACCGCGGGCAACCGUCACAUUUAUUUGGAGGAGAAGCUUGGCGAUGGCUGGUACUGGCGCAUGCACGUCUCGGAAGUGCUGUGCUCGCAGACCUCGCGCUUCCAGGACAUCGAGCUGGUCAAGACGGAACCCUUCGGGACGGCGCUGCUGCUGGACGGCAAAAUGCAGAGCUCGCACUCCGACGAGUGGAUGUACCACGAGUGUCUGGUGCACCCGGCGCUGCUGCACCACCCCAACCCGCGGCGCGUCUUCAUCUGCGGCGGCGGCGAGGGAGCCACGGCGCGCGAGGUGCUGCGGCACAAGUCCGUCGAGCAGGUGGUGAUGGUUGACAUUGACGAGAUCGUGUGCCAGAUGUGCGAGAAACACAUCCCCGAGAACAGCGCCGCGUUCAAGGACCCUCGCCUGAAGCUCAUCAACGACGACGCGCUCGCGCAGCUCGAGGCCGUGCCGGACGGGUCGUUCGACGUCAUCAUCGGCGACCUCGCGGACCCCCUCGAGGGCGGGCCGUGCUACCUGCUCUACACCCAGGAGUUCUACCGCGACGUCGUCAUGAAGAAACUCGCGCCGGGGGGGAUCUUCAUCACGCAGUCUGGCCCCGCGGGCGUGGAGACGUGCCGCGAGGUGAUGUCGUUCAUCCACUCCACGCUCAAGUCCGUCUUCCCCAAGGUGGUUGCAUACCGGUCGUACUUCCCAUCGUUCUGCGACCUCUGGGGGUUCAACGUCGCGUUCUCCAAGGAGCAGGAGCUCCUCUCGGCGGACGAGUUCGACAAACUUGCGCAGGAGCGCAUCACAGGGACCUCCCCGGGCGGAACGGAGGGCGAGCCGCUGCGGUUCCUGGACGGGGAGUUCUUCCGGUCGGCGACUGUCAUGCCAAAGAUCAUCCGUCGGGCGCUUGCAGAGGAGACAGAGCUCUUCACGAAGGACAACCCGCGCUUCCUGGUGUCCGGCGAGGGCCUCGCGGAGAAAAAUUGA